AGCUGUGCCGUACACUAGCGUACAUUCUGCUUGUCUCUUGGCCAUUCGCUCGCCUUCCCUCUUCCUGCCUCCAUCACGACAUACGAACUACCAUGGACAAACUCAAUGACACCAGAUACUAUUCCUACUCUUGGCAUCUAUUCUCACUUUCAGGCCACGGUUCUCCUCAUGGUUCCUUAUGAUACUCUCGAAGAAGACAUGUCGGUGGUAAUAGAGCGCAACUACCUCAUUGCAGGUGUUCGAGGGCAGGCGCCCAUUAUAAAGGGAAGACUGUACGGCAAUGUCGACGUGACGAAUUCUGUGUGGCAGCUUGAACCCCAUUCGUCUCGCCUCUCCGCUCGAGAGCGAACCACGUCCACUGCGUCGACAGCGUCGACGCAUUCAUCCUACGCCUUCGUUUCUGAUCCAGAAAUUUCCAGCAGCUUUGCGGCGUCCCUUGAAAGCGGUCAGGCGUCCGACGCGGAAGAAUUCUCUGCAUCAUCACCUGCCCUGUCUUCCCCUUCGCUGUCUUCCGCAGACGAGCAACGUGGGUUUUCUUUCCAGCAGAAACCCCAUUCUAGCACAGUUUCUCGUGCUGUAUCCCCAGGGCGCAUCAUUCAGAGUAUAGCAUCUUCUUACUCAUCCGUCGAGUCGUUGCAUUCCGCUCAAUCUGGCCGGUUGCUGACCCUACAUUUGGAGAAGGAUCAGUCAAUUAUCUGGCCUUCCCUUGUCGUUGGACCUGUACCGGAUACUUUAGCGCCUUACGUCCGCAACUCAGUCAUCUUUGACGCGAGCUAUGAGCUGGAGCAUCAAUACAACAUGGAUCCAACUAGCCUGGUAUUGCUUGCCAUGGAACAGUUCGACAUUCACAAGGAUCGGGAAGAGGCGUUCGAGUGUUUUUUGCGCGCUUGGCAUCUUUCUCAUGCUCCCACAUCAACAAUGAAGCUCGUGUCUCACUAUCUGCCGUUGCAGGCAGAAUUUAAUGUUGAAGAGUGCCAGCACCAGGGACAAGCACCUCGUGGUACCACUACGUAUUACCUUCAAUGUAUCGGCGGACCCAGAGGCCUCGCACAGCUCUACUUGGAAGCUGGUAUGCUUCAUUUAGAUGGUGCUGCUUCGACCCUCCUGUCUUCUUCACACUCCAGCCUGUCGUCUAUCCGCAUUCCCGCUCGUGCUCAGAUGACUGACACGGGCACGAUGACCUGGAAACGAGAUCGCGAAGCCGCGGGGCAGUUCUUUGACCGUGCUCGUGCGCUGGCCCCUGAUCUCGAUAUCCCUACGUUGCCGCCGCAUAGUGUGGUUGACGCUGAAGAAUUGGAGAUGCCCUCCAUCGAGCUACAGUAUGAUCCGGUACCGAACGUUGACUCCCUUCGUCGUCGACGGAAGAGGGACGAGAAGGCCUUGCUUGAUAACCAGUCUAAGGUGGAUGACUUAGAUUCCACCUGGUAUGUUUACCUUCCGGGCCUUAUCGGCGCUGGCACCGCCCUUGUUGUUGUGGGCGUCAUUGGUGCGUUGAGCUUUUCGUGGUCUCGUCGUAAUCAGGCCUCUUAGAUGAUAUACCUUUUGUAAUUUUCCUUUGUUUUCCUAUGUAGAAUCCGUGUAUUGUAUAACUCUAGUCAAUCCUUGUUGCUUUGUUUUGGAACUAAACAUACGGUUUCCAUUUCAUAUUCUCCCCUUGAAAUUAUAUGGACAUUGAUCCUUUAGCAUUCUAAUAUAUUUUGUGGUAUUGUCUAAAUAAUUUGACAAAGC